ACAUUCUUCUAGGAGGAGCAGAAAAUGAACAUAUCUCAGGCUUCAGUGUCGUUCAUGGAUGUGGCCGUGGAGCUUACCCAGGAGGAGUGGCAGCACAUGGGCCCAGCUCAGAGGACCCUCUACAGAGACGUGAUGCUGGAGAACUAUAGCCACCUUGUCUCACUGGGCUACUGCCUUACCAAACCUGAGAUGAUCUUUAAAUUGGAGCAAGGAGAAGAUCCCUGGUCCUUAGAGGAAGAAUUUCCAGCCCAGUGCUACUCAGGGUAUUGCAAGGGUUAUGUCCACAUUGAAGAGAGCCACCAGAAUAAAGAGAACCAUCAGGGGCAAAUAAUCUUCAUCAGUAGCACAACAUUGAACAAAGAAGGACAGAAAGCUUUAGAAAAACCAUUUAAUCUCAGCAUAACUCCACUUUUUUCAGGAAAAAUACCUUGCACAGGUGACUCAUGUGGAAUGAGUUUGCCAAUUGUUUCUGAUUUAAUUAUUAAUGAUAAAAACUGUUCUGGAAAGAAGACUGAAUACACAAAUGUGUGUGAAAACUGGCAACUUGGUAUUAAGAAUGAAAGAGCCAAUAAUGGAGAUAAAUCUUAUGUGUGUAAUGAAAGCAUGACAGCCCUCAAUUAUAAAACAGACCAGCACCAGACAUUUAAAACUGUAGAACAAUCUUUUCAAUGUAAUCAGUUUGGAAAAACCUUGCAUGAUAAGACUAUUUGUACAUCUGGGAGUUCUCCCACAGGAGAGAAAUCCUAUAGACAUGAUGAGUUUAGGAAAAACUGUGAUAAGCCACCUCUGUUUAACCACUUGAGUACUGGCACAAAGCAGGAAUGUUCUCAUCUUAAUGAAAAUAGAAAAUCUUCUGCAGAAACAACUGUUGUGGAACAUCAUAACGUUUGCAUGGCUCUGAAACCCUAUGCACAUAAUGAAAGUAGGAGUGCUUUCAGCAGGAAGUCACACUUUACUCAGACUCAGAGAACUAUCAUAGGACAGAGAGUCUUUCAAAGUAAUAAACGUGAAGAAAAUUUCAGGCAGAGCUCAGCCCUUAUUGUACACCAGAAAUCACAAACUGAAGAUAAAUUCUGUAAAUGUAAUGACUGUAUGAAUGCUGUAUACCAGAAACUAGACCUAACACUACAUCUAGGAACUUACACAGAAGAGAGCUCCUACAAAUGUGAAUAUGAGAAAUCUUUUUCUCAGAACACAGACCUCAUUGGCUGCCAGCAUAGUGACACAGGACAGAAGUCAUUAAAAUGUAAUGAAAGCAGGAAAUCCUUCUGUCAGAAAAUACAGCUCAUUCAGCAGCAGAGAAUCCAUUCAGGAGAGAAACCAUAUGAAUAUGAUGAAUGUGAUAAAUCUCUUUGUUCAGAAUCACACCCUAUUCAACAGCCUGCAACACAUGUGGUGAAACUCAGAUGGAGUAAAGAUGGAGAAAGUUUCUGUCAGAAAUCAGACGUCAGUGAACAUCUAAGAAAGUUCACAAAAGAAAAGCAUUAUUUAUACAGUGAAUUUGGGAAAUCUUUCAAGAAGUCAGCUCUGAAAAUAAACCAGAGAACACACACAGAGAUAAAAUUAUAUCAAGGUAAUGAGUGUGAGAAAAUAUUUGCUAAGAUAUCACAUCUCAGAGAAUAUCAGAGAGUUCACACAGGGAAGAAACCUUAUGAAUGUCAUGAAUGUGGGAAAACUUUCUUCCAAAAGACACACCUCAUUGUACAUCAGAGAAUCCAUACAGGGGAGAAACCCUAUGAAUGUAGUGAAUGUGGGAAAAUGUUUGCUGAUAAUUCAACCCUUGGAGCACAUCAGAGAAUUCACACAGGGGAGAAACCUUAUAAAUGCCAUGAAUGUGGGAAAACUUUCUCCCACAGGACGCAGCUCAUUGCACAUCAGAGAGUUCAUACAGGAGAGAAACCCUAUGAAUGUAAUGAAUGUGCAAAAACAUUUGCUGAUUAUUCAACACUCAGAGCACAUUAUAGAAUUCAUACAGGGGAGAAACCAUAUGAAUGUAAUGAAUGUGGAAAAGCUUUUGCCCAAAAUUCAACUCUCAGAGUACACCAGAGAACACACACAGGAGAGAAACCCUAUAAAUGUAAUGCCUGUGGGAGAUUCUUUGCUCACAAUUCAGCCCUUAGAGUGCAUAAGAGAAUUCACACAGGUGAGAAACCAUAUGAAUGUAGUGACUGUGAGAAAACGUUUGCCCAUAACUCAGCUCUCAGAGUACAUCAGAGAAUUCACAUGGUGAAGAAACCCUAUGAUUAUACUGAUUGUGAGGAAACUUUUCCUCAUAAUUCAGCCCUCAGAGCACAUCAGAAAAUUCACACAGGGGAGAAACUCUAUGAGUGUAAUGAAUGUGGGAAAACUUUUUCCCAGAAGACACACCUUAAUACCCACCAUAGAAUUCACACAGGGGAGAAACCCUAUGAAUGCAAUGAAUGUGGAAAAACUUUCUCUCAGAAAUCGUAUCUCAGUGGACAUGAGAGAAUUCAUACAGGGGAAAAGCCCUAUGAAUGUAAUGAAUGUGGGAAAACAUUUGUCUAUAAGGCAGCCCUCAUAGUGCAUCAGAGGAUUCACACAGGGGAGAAACCUUAUGGAUGUAAUGAGUGUGGCAAAACUUUCUCGCAAAGGACACACCUCUGUGCACAUCAGAGAAUUCAUACAGGAGAAAAACCCUAUGGGUGUAAUGAAUGUGGGAAAACUUUUGCUGACAAAUCAGCCCUCAGAGCACAUCAGAGAAUUCACACAGGGGAGAAACCUUAUGGAUGUAAUGAGUGUGGCAAAACUUUCUCAAAGAUGUCACACCUCACAGCACAUCUGAGAAUUCGCACAGGGGAGAAACCCUAUAAAUGUAAUGAGUGUGGGAAAACUUUCUCUCAGAAGUCAUACAUUAGUGCACAUCAGAGAAUUCACACGGGGGAAAAACCCUAUGAAUGUAAUAUAUGUGGAAAACCUUUUGGCCAUAAUUCAACCCUCAGAGUACAUCAAAGAAUUCACACAGGGGUAAAAUCCUAUGAAUGCAAUGAAUGUAGGAAAACUUUUUCCCAGAAGUCACACCUCAGUGCACACCUGAGAAUUCACACAGGGGAGAAGCCCUAUGAAUGUAAUGAAUGUGGGAAAGCCUUUGCCCAAAAUUCAACUCUGAGAGUGCACCAAAAAAUUCACACUGGUGAGAAACCUUAUGAAUGUAAUGAAUGUGGGAAAACUUUUGUCCGGAAGGCAGCUCUUAGAAUACAUCACACCAGAAUUCACACCAGAGAGAAAACCCUUGAAUGUAAUGCAGGGGAAGGUUUUGCUAGCUAA